UGCGGCCAUCCACAAAUCUCACAAAUUCUAGCCCUUGCCAACAACGCUAACGACUUUGUAACAUUUUUCACCUCGUAUUUUGAUUUUGUUUUUGUUUGUGUUCUUAUUGUUUUGAAUCAGUAAAAUUCCUGGAGUAAGUUCAGACCCUCCAAAGCCUGUAGUUUCUUUUGUGAAUGACAUUGAUUUUCAAUGGAGAACGUUCUCGGUCUUAUCAAACUUCGUAUCAAAAAAGGCUCUAAUCUCAAAGCUUGCGACACUCGUACCAGUGACCCAUAUGUCUUUGUCACCAUGGCCGAACAGCAACUGAGAACUAGUGUUGCAAAAGAUACCUUAAAUCCUGAGUGGAAUGAAGAACUGACCCUUUAUGUAAAAGAUGUUAACAUUCCAAUACUUUUGACAGUUACAGACAAAGACACUUUCACGCCAGAUGACAACAUGGGUGAUGCAGAAAUAGACUUAAAGCCAUAUCUUCAGUGUGUGAAGAUGGGGUUAAGAGAUAUGGCAGAAGGUCACAUAGUGAAGCAGAUUCAACCAGAUAGGACUAACUGCCUUGCUGAAGGCAGCAACUGCAUGUGGAAAAAUGAUAAACUCAUCCAAGAGAUGACUUUAAGAUUGAGAAAUGUCAAGCAUGGGGAAAUAACUGUGGAAAUUGGGUGGGUUACUCUCCCAGAUUCAAAAGGCUUAUCACAAGUUCAGUUUUAG